UCAAAGGAAAACCCUUCGUCAUUUCACCAUCCAUCUUCUUAAUCCACAUGUUCACAACUCGGUCUCUCUCAUUAUCUUCCUGUACCGGCUCAGUCUCUGCUCGUCAUCCCUCGACCAUCCCUGUAAAUCUAAACCCUACCUCUCUCUCUCUCCCUUCUUCCCUCCCUCUGAAUACACAGCUACCAAAACCAUCAUGGACGAAUCACUGGCAACAAUGCCCUCAAUCUGGGCUUCCAUGUACAGCUGGUUUACCCCCACCGUCCUCUUCGUCUUCCUCAACUUAAUGAUCGGCACCAUUGCCAUCACUUCCAGCUUGGCUUCUCACAAGUCCGGCGGCCAAAAACACCACCAGAACGAAGAGCUUCACCGAUCUCCAUCUUUGUUGCAGAGAGUCAAGUCAAUCAACUUGUACGCCUACAAAUCUCAAGAUCCCAUCUCCGCAGCUUUCCAAAGUUCACCUGAAAUCCAUACCCAUUUCACUGUUCAGCAAACUCCCGAACCAACACCGCCCAAUCAACAGUCUUAUGUGUAUAGAUCUCCAUCUGUGCUGCAAAGGCUUAAAUCCUUCAAUCUCUAUAAUUACAUAUCUCAAGAACCCACCACCGACAUUACUCAAGAAACAGACACCCAGUACACUACCCGAGUAGCAGAGAAGGAAACCGAAGAAGAGGAAUUGGGAAAACGAGAGGAAGCAAUCAAAGGUGAAGAAGAAGAAGAUGAUGAAGGAGAAGAAGAAGAAGAAGAAGAAGAAGAAGAAGAAGAAGAAGAAGAAGAAGAAGAAGAAGAACAGAGUCUUGAUGAAAUAUACAGUAAAUUGAAGGGUAUUCAUGUUACGAGAUCAAACUCCGAUACCCAACCAUCUUCAGGGUUGAUGCCUCAAAAGCUGCCAAAGAAGAUGAAGAAAUCUGCAAGCACGAAAUCAGCUUUUGCUCAUUUUAAGGAAAACGACAUCGUUGAAGCUCGAAGACCAGCUACCACGAGAGAAACCAAGCCUAAAAAAAUCACAGAAGAUGAAGACGAUGAUGAGGUGGAUGCAAGGGCUGAUGAUUUCAUCAACAGGUUCAGACAGCAACUGAAGUUGCAGAGGAUUGAUUCCAUUAUGAGGUACAAGGAAAUAAUCUCUGGAGGUAACGGAAAAUGAAAGAAAAGAAAAAACAAGAAAAAAGAAAAGAAAAGAAAAGAAAAUUGUUCUUCGCCUUUUUUUUUUUUUUCUUUUUUAAAUAUAUAAAUAUAUAUAUAUAUAUAUUUUUCUGGAAGAGUUGUAUGAUGAUUGUAGAUCUGCUACUGGAGUUGUUGACUGGAAGUAUGUGUUGAGAAAUAUUGAGCCCUAAUUUUCUGGAA